AUGGAAUUUCCAUUUGAUAUUAACACUGUAUUACAACAAGAGAUAACUAUACUUAAUAGUGAUUUACAAAUUCUUAAUUAUGGACAAACAAGUAGAAUAUUUGCUUCUGACAAGCUGACAUCUAUUAUUGAUGCAGUUGGUGAUGCUUCAUAUAAAGCACAAGGAUUACCUGGUGCUAUUACAAGUACACGUAAAUUUCGUAUAUCCGAUCAUCGUUUAUAUCUCAUUAAAAAUCCUAAUGAUCAUAACAACUUAGGUUCUGUUGUUGGUUUAUUAAAAGUUGGUACAAAACGUUUAUAUGUUCAUGAUUCACAUGGUCAAGUUCAUGAAAGAACUCCAUUAUGUUUAUUAGAUUUUUAUGUUUCUGAAAAUAAACAAAGAUCGGGAUAUGGAAAGAAAUUAUUCGAAACAAUGCUUCAGUUUGAAAAAUGUAGUGCAUAUGAAUUAGCUAUUGAUCGUCCAUCUCCGAAAUGUUUAGGAUUUCUUCAGAAACAUUAUAAUUUAUCUGCACCAAUUCGUCAAGUGAAUAAUUUUGUUGUUUUUAGUGGAUUUUUUAAUCGUGCACCUACUUUACAAGGUCGAAAAUCAUCUGCAUCAAGACAAUUUCAUGAUAAUAAUGCACCAGUUGAUAAUUUUCGACGUCAAGAAGUAUCAUCAUGGUUAUUACCAUCUGAAAAACAACGGCAACAACAACAACAACCAAAUCGUCAACUAUAUCCAGAAAAAACGGAUGAAUAUAGUAAUAAUCGAUUGAGAACAUUUUCUGAUGAAAAUUAUCGACAAAAUGCUAAACCACCAAUUGGAACUUCAACAAUUAAUAAUAACGAACGGAAACUUUUCUCAGCUUAUCCAACACCUUAUAGUCAUUGUAACAAUCAGAAUCCUCCAUUAAAUGAACCAAUUCGAACAAAUUCAAUUAGUCAUUCAGCAUCACCUGUUGCUCGAGCAUAUACUAGUUUAUUCAAUGAAAACAAUCCCUUUCCAAGUCUUCAACGUUACAAUACAAAUCCAAUAAUUACUCCAGAUAAACAAACAAUAUCAAAGUCACCACUAAAUUUUACUUAUCAAAAUUAUCAAUCAACCACAUAUAACAAUUCUCAUCAAAAUAUUGUUGUUCCUACACCACCACCACCAUCUCAACCACUUACUUCGAUUUAUACAUUUCCAUCAUUAAUUAAACCGGCUAGUAAUUGGAGUAAACCGCCACCAGUACCUCAACAUCAACAAAAAGCAACUAUGAAUGCAGCAUCAUCUGGCUGGAGACUUUUUGGUGUACCUCAUUAA